CCAUCUACGUGCCCAUUUUUCUUGUCUUUAUCUCUGGAGGCGUCGGAUAUUGUGUGAAAAAACGGGCCGAUCCUUUCUUCUCUCUUAACCAUCAUCAUGAUGGAGGACUGGAAUCACGACAUUGAACAAGAAUACUCUAGAAGUUAUGUUCAGCCCGUCUUCAAUGGUCCAUAUUCUUCCCAGUAUCAGGGCUUCAACCCCAAUAAUGAUUAUUCCCGUCACCCUCCCUCUUAUCCUCCAACUCUACAGCAGAACCGGCCAGCAUUUCCUGUAGAAGGCCAUCAACAGCAACAACCGGCCCACUUAAGCCCCAGUAGCACUUUCCCUAACGGCAAUUCGUUCAAUGCCUUAUCCAUCCCUGGAUCAGCAACCUCCUACCAAAACUCGACGUUCAAUUUUCAACCGUCUCCAGCGCAGUCCAGUCCUUUUGAUCAAACCACCAGCCCCAACGAAGGUCUGUUCAGUCUACCACCUGUUGAGAACCGUGGCCAAUCGACGCACGCUGCACAACCUUACUACUCAACGCUUGGACAGCCGGUUGGACAAAAGAGAGGGCGCGGGCACGACUCUCAGAACGAUGACAGGUUUGAUGAGGAGCUAGACCCUGGCAGGGGUGAGCACAAAGACAACCAGAAGGCCAAACCUGGUGCCUGCGCACGCUGCAAGAAUCUUAAAGUUCGAUGCGAGUUCAAGACCGAGACAGACCCGUGUAAGCGGUGUUUCAAUGGUGGCCACGAAUGCAUGAUACCUGGGAGAAAGAAGCGAAGAACCCCUCCAAAACGCGAGCAUCUACUAGCUGAAAUUCAAAAACAGCAUGAAACUAUCGAAAAGCUCAUGGUUCAGCUAGCUAAGGCAGAAGAAUUCAAGAAGAAUCAAUCGCGCUCAUCCGUUUCUGAUACAUUGUCUGGAACGCCUUCUCCACCUGUUCUUUCACCCUCAUCCGGCUCAUACUUUGAAGAACAAUCUCCGGACACAAUGAAUCCCGAAAAGAACAAGGUUGUCGAAGAUUGGAUCAUCAAAGCCCGAGAGUCUCUGGCCCAGUUUGGUGGUUUUAUAGGUAUUGGUGGAGGCAUGCCCAAGAAGUACAUUGUCAAAGAAGAUCCGGAGGAUUCCCCUAGCAGUGGCGAUGAGGAAGAAACCGAGUCAGGAGCUGAAGACUACAAUAGUGGAGAUGGUUACGAGAUAGCCGUCGAAGACUCUGAUGGGGAAGGGAGCCCUAAGUCACAGACUAACGUCACAAGGCGAACCUCGUCCCGCAGCCGACGCGGUUCACAUUCAAGUGCUGGGGAUGGUGGCCUCCCACAUCAUAGAAAACACAAUGCUGGAUUCGAGCUUGCCACGUUACCCAGCGAGGCGGCACCCUUCGGAUUAAUGGCAAAAAUGAGUUUGAAGAACAGGAAACGGGGCAGUAGUGCAGAAUUCGAAGAAUCUGGAGCCCAUAACGUGAAUUCUGAGAAUGGUGGUGUUGCCAAUGUCGAUUUCUUCAGAGCCAGUCCCGCACCAGAUCCCAAGAGGCCGGAGGUCGAUGAUAGGCCGCAAGCACCUGCCAUCCUCGUAAAGGGCUUGAUCACUCCCACGGAAGCGGAGGAACUCUUCAAACUAUUUUUCGAUACCAUGAAUCUCUCAGUAUCUCUCGUAGACCCGGUCCUCUACACCGCUCAGAGAACUGUGCAUCGAAGCCCAUUCCUCUUCACGGUCAUAUGUGCCCUCGCAUCGAGAUUCUACACUAAGAGACCUGGUUUGUAUCAACAAGCGAUGGCAUAUGCUCAAAUCGCCGCCGGAAGCUCGUUAAUCGGGGGUCAGAAAAAUGUGGAGAUGUGUAUGGCGUAUAUCCUCAUGAGCUUGUACCCAGCUCCUUUCAAGCGUUGGGAAGACUCGAGGUCCUACCUCUAUCUUGGUCUGGCUAUUCGGAUUGCCAUCGAGUUAAAUCUACACCUGCCUCCAACUGCUACGCCACAAAAUGAAGUCCACGCACGAGAGCAACUUAAUCGUACGAGAGUUUGGAUCAACUGCUUUAACCUUGAUCGUUCCACGAGUUCGCAGUACGGGAAGCGUCCCAUUAUUAGCUCUAUCGACUUCAUCGCCAACCACUCGGAGAAUUGGUGGGGAAGCUCCGAAUACAAUUUGAAGGACUUCGAUAUCCAACUAUGUUGCUACAACGCGGAAUUGAAGGUCAUCGGCAAAUUUAUCGAGAAGAUAUAUUCUGAUCCUGAUCAUCCUACUGGGCUCAACAAGAAUCUUAAUUUUGAAGAGGUUGCUAUCAACACAGACGAAGAAUUACAGCAAUUGGAACAGAAAUGGUGGCCAAUUCUAGACGCGAACGUUGACCAGGAAGAUCCUCAGGGCGGCUUCCGAGUCGGUUUACUCAAGAUGGCAUAUAGCUAUUCUCGUUUACUCGCAUUAUCGUAUGGCUUUCAGCACGCAUUCGGCAAGAAUACAAGCAACAACCAGAACGAGAAAUCGUUUUUGAUGCGUUGCAUCCUUGCCGCGACAGACCUUAUCAAGUCUGUGGUCGAGUUUAAUAAUCGAGAGGAACGAUGGAUCUACGUCCGUCAUGGUCCGGAUGCUCAAAGUGUUUUUAUAACGUUCGCCGCGGCGUUUCUUGUCAAAAUCCUUCAGCCUAAAUUUGCCCAUCAUCUUGACGACUCAGUUCGGACUGACAUCCGUCAACACGUCCAGAGUGUCAUUGAUUACCUGGGCUCUCCUCAAAUCGGUGCAGACGAGAGAUACAGCCCAAAGAUGUAUGCCAAGUUUUUGAAAAAUCUUUUGGCAGUUUCGUUGUUUUCUUCGGGAUCAGAAAUUCUCCGACGCAGAAGUACAAAGUCAUCCGCAUCCGCGACAUCGACAGACGCCUCGAACCCUUUCCAUCAAUCUGCAGGGACCGCAAGCAACCAUCCCUCUCCUUCUCCUACCCAUCCAUUGUCACCUCCGUCUCAUGAAACCCUGUCGUUUGAUCAAUUCGUGCCGUCAAAUGCUGAUUCUUUCACCCCUGCUCCUUCGUUCUCUACAGGGACGACCUCCUUGAACGGAUACAAUGUGAAUCGGACGAACAUCGGUCUUGAGUUGACCGAUUACUUCCCAGCCCCAAUGAUGGGGACUGGUUUCACGGAAGACGAGAUGAUGCAGAGCAUGUCGAUGAACAUGCAGCAACCUCUUAAUGCCCCUAAUCAGCAAUGGCCUCCAGGGAUAACUUGGUUGUCGCAGUUUAAUUUCCAGAACGACGCACAGAUGAUGUACGGAUAACCCCAAACAACAAAGCGCAAUCGUGAUGGAAAGACAACCCACGUACCACGUAUAUAUGUUAUAUUUUAACUUCUAAAUGCCCUUGCUGUCAAGCUGUAUACUUCUCUACGCUGAUCUCUGGAUGUGUACCAUCUUCC